AUGAGAGGAACGCGGUUCAACCCAAGUGGCCGCAUGACGACGACGAUCAAGCUUCUGCUCGGGGCGGCCGCAGCCGCAGGCCUCCUCGGGUGCAACAGCAGCAACGUAGUCCUGGCCCAGACCACUACUAGCGGGUCGUCGUCUCUGUCGAGCAACCCGGACGGCUGCGUGGCCGACUACGACGCCGCGGCGGGCGUGGACUACUUCCCCGACAAGGCCGUCAUCGAGUACGCGGAGACGUUCACCGUGGAUUACUUGCCGACGUACAAGGUCCUCACAGUGUCGGAUGGGUUCUCGGACACGGUGUACGUCCUUUACCAGUGCGGCACGCCCGUGCCGGACCUCGACGACACGACCGUCGUGCAGCAGUACAUCAGCAUCCCCGUGUCGAACGUGUCUACCGGAACCACGGACCACGUCCCGAGAAUUGAGCUCCUGGGACACAGGGACAGCAUCGUGGCCUACACUGGCAACGUGGGGCUGAUCGGGUCGCCAUGCGUGGACGAACUCGUCGAUAACGGGACUGUGGUUCAGGCCCUGACGUUCGACACCGUGUGCGGGCAGGACAUCAUCGACAACGAGGCCCUCGUCAACGCCUCGGUAGAGGUGGCCUUCGGGGACUCGCUCACGACCUCGUGGUGCCCGAACGCCACCAUGGUGCACAACGGGGUGGCUGUCGUGUCGUACCUGGAGAGCGGGGAGGCCGUGGGACUCGGCCGCGCGGAGGCCAUCAAGCUCUUCUCGCUCUUCUACAACGAGGAGGCCAGGGCGAACGAGCUCUUCGACGAGAUCGAGACGGUGUGGUUCUGCACGAAGACCAACGCUCAAGGGUGCAGCCUCGAGCUGGACGAGUCACCCACCGUGGCUUGGUUCCCCUUCCUCCCGACGGACCAGGACUCGCUGUACUACGAGGCCGGCUCGGGUUGGGGCGAGCCCACCUUGGACUCUUACUACGGUCAGGCCGUCAACGAUACGGGAGGGACUAUGUUGGAUUGCGGGGUGGUCGAGGGCUUGAUGACGGAUGAGGAGAUGCUGGCCUGCUUCGCUGAUGCCGACAUCUGCGUCUUCGCCGCCGACUACGGCGAGGUGGAGCUGUUCUUCGACGCCGACGUGCUGAGCCAGCUCCGCUGCAUCCAGAACCAGACGGCCUACGACGUCACCCUCUCCGGCAUCAACGCGUGGUUCGAGGCCAUCUGGGUCGAGCCUCACGUACUGAUGCAGGACAUGGUGUCCGUGCUGCACGGCGAUGGCGUCAACUUUGGCAUCGGAGAGUACGAGCGGCUGUUGCUGCGGAACGUGUUCACCGAGCCGAGCGACGUGGGGUCCUACUACUCGGACGUGGGCACGUGCGAUGACCCGGACGCCAUCCUGGAGCUCCAGGGCGGCGACUGCGAGCUCCUGGUCGACUUCGGCGACUGCGGGACGUCCGUCACCGCGGACGCUGAGUCUCCGGGGUCGAGGGUCCUGCCGACGGGCUUCGCCCUGGCGGUCGUCGCGGGGGCCGCCGCCUUCCUGUGGUAG